AUGAGAGUCCAGUGUCAUCUUCAGUUACACAGAGCAGGUCAGUUACUUUACUUCAGUUACACAGAGCAGGUUAGUUACUUUACUUCAGUUACACAGAGCAGAUUAGUUACAUUACUUCAGUCACGACAACAGAAACUACUGGACGCUGUUUUCAACCCUCAGAUUCACUCUCACAGAAAAUGUUACUCAGACAUCCAGCAGCUGUCUGUGAGUAAAGGAGAGGUUCCCUCUGAGCAGCAGGAGAGGAGCUCCAGUCUGGACCAGGACCAGGACCAGGAGGAGCCAGAGCCCUCCCACAUUAAAGAGGAACAGGAGGAACUCUGGACCAGUCAGGAGGGAGAGCAGCUUCAGGGUCUGGAGGAGGCUGAGUUGGAGUUCUCAUCUAUUUCUGUCCUUGUAAAGGGUGAAGAGGGGGAUGGAAGGAAAGCUCAGACUGAGGAGAACACAGAGGCAGAGCGUUUGGAAACAGACUCUGAUGGAGAGGACUGUGAAGAAUCAGAACCACCUAUAAACUUAGAUCCAGAUAGUCCUCUAAAACCAGCUCCUUAUGAGCAGACUUCAUCUGAACCUGAGACUGAAGACAGUGGAGACUGGGAGGACACAAAGGAACCUGAGUCAGGUUUAAACUCUUCAGAAAACAGUGAAGUACCUGAUCUAGAAUGUAAUACUGUAAAAACAUCAGAUAUCGCCUCUGAAUGUGCUGAAAGCUUUGACCAUAAUGGACAUCUGCAGAAAAACAAUGUAAUCCCCAAACCACGAGGGAAACCAUUGACUUGCUCCGUGUGUGGGAAAACAUUUGCAAUAAGGUCAAGUUUGACCAUGCACUUAAAAGUUUGUUUAUAUGGAAAAUCUUUCUCCUGCUUAAUUUGUAACCAAAGUUUCGGCAGCAGUAGCCAUUUGGUGAGACACAUGGUUAUUCAUAGUGGGGAGAAACCAUUUAGUUGUUCAGUGUGUGGGAAAAGAUUCACGCUGAAGCAAAAUCUAAAACGACACUUGAUCGUGCACACGGGGGAGAAACCCUUUAGUUGUUCGGUUUGUGGCGCAAGAUUUUCACGGAAGACGCAUCUGAAACGGCACCUGUAUGUCCACACAGCGGAGAAACCAUUUAGUUGUUCAGUUUGUGGUAACAGCUACGCACGAAAGACGUACCUGACCCGACACCUGGUUGCCCACACAGGAGAGAAUCUAUUGAACUGAAAGAUUCACUCAGCUCGAAGCUACAGAGAUGCUUGGAUGUGGAUCAUUUGAAGGCUUUACUUCUGUUUUUCUGGAGAAGGAACCAGAGUUUCUUGCUGUUUCCAGUUUUAAGUAACUUCUAAAAAAGCUAAUAAUUGCAGUUUAGUUUUUUCAUUUUAUGCUUCUUUUCAUUUCUUCUCCACAGUGUUUUGGAGGGAAAGAUGAUAGUUACACUGGUCGCUUUUCAGAUGAAUAUUUUAAAUUAAUGACAAACUGUGAUACAAUAAAUCUUUUUACUUAUUUAAUGCUCUGAACCUUCUUGACUCGUGACCACUUUAAAUGAACUAAUCCUGUUUCAGAUGUCUCUAAGUUGUUGGAGCAGCGAGGGAUGAAAACCUUUGCUGUUGGAAGGAAGUGUUUCCUUAGAAAACAAUGGGCCUCAUUCACAAACCGUUCUUAAGAACAAAUUUGUUCUUAAGUCCUACUUACGAAGAUUUUACGAAGAUUGUGGCACUCAUGAAUUUUUUUCUCAUCCUGGAUUUUUCUUCGGUAAGAACAAAUCCUACUAACACUCAGGAGAACUCUUAAGCACAUUUCAGUGUUGACAUGUUGGCAUGGUUGUGUUGUCUUCUUUUGUUAAGUUCAAUAAAAAACAUUAUAGUGAAAUUUCCAUCAUAUUUAUGUAUUUAUUUACUAUUUCAUUUUUUGAUCAUUUUAAUUAAAUUAAAUGUGCCAACGCUUUAACAUGAAUCAAGUAAAUUGGAAAUCAUUCCGUCAAUUAGUAAUACCACACAUUCAAGGACAGUUUGAUUUCACAGAAGUGUGAUUGACUUGGAGUUACUGUACUUUGUGUUUUUGAAGUGUUCCCUUUAUUUUUUGAGCAGUGUAUAAACAGUCAUGGGAAAAUUAUUAGAACAUCGUUUUCUUCAAUUUCUUGUAAAGAAACUAAGGCUGCUAAAUAUAAUUUUCUUCCUCCAAGUGAUCUCCUGCAGCAGAACUUCUAGUUCUGAACUGCAAAAGUUUUUUUUCUUUUUCCCUGUGCUCCAACGGAUUUACACUUUGCUUUAGGCAUUCUGUUGCUGUUUCCUCUGUGUGGCGGCCCUGCACUCCUUUUUAUGGGCCCUUUUAUGGGCAUUAAUGGGUGGUUACCUAUGCUAAUCCUAUGUUAAUUAGGCUCAACUGGCACGCCCGCUCUAUUUACGAGGAGAUGGCAUUUAUCAAUUUAAGAACACGGCUGCGAACAAUUCAGCGGCUUAAGAACACGUUGAUGAAUCUGACGUAGGGUCUUCUUAGAAAUCUUAAGA